AUGGAUAAGAUAAAUGCUGAGUGGGCAAAAGAUAUCCCAUGUCGAAACAUCACCAUUUAUGGAUAUUGUAAGAAAAUCAAAGACGGUUGUCCUUUUAAACAUGGUGACGAUGUGGAGAACGAGAACUUAAUAGAAUCUACUACACCCAAACCACAGACAACAACCAUAGCUGACAUUAUUCCAACUUUACCUCGAUUAUCAAACACGAUUGUGACUCCAACACCAAGCCCAGUUCCGAAAUUUAACGCCAAAAAUUCAGCAAGUUUUACUCCCAUGUCAACUAAAACUCCAGAACUAAAUAAUACACCUAUCUUUGAUAAUAACCCUAUUGUUUCUUCACCCAUCUUAACGGCAGGUACCAUACCAUUAACCAAUGUAAAUAAUACCAAUACGAUAGCCCCCGUCCACUCAACACAUGAUUCAAAUAAUAUCCAAGAUGAUAUUCAAAUGAAAAGUGCCUCAAAAUCACCGUCAACUAUAAUAAAUCCCCUAGCACAAUCUUCAUACCUACCCAUAUCCACCAAUGAUCAAUAUAAUUCUGUCGAAUCUUCUAAUCAGGCAGCUACCCAGAGUCCAAUUAUGAACAAUUCCAACAACCUUUCACAAAAUAUCAAUGCUAUGCCCCAUAGUUCAUUCCCCUUGGCGCAAACUGGAAAAACUUUAUUACAUGGUGAUCCCAAUCUUCCGUCAACGGGAAUUUUAAAUUCACAACAAAUGUUAUUAUCAAAUUAUCAAUCAAUAUUGCCACAGUCUGAAAACACCAUACCAGAAAUAGAUUUUAAAUACCCAUCCAUUUAUCCACCACCUCAUAGUAUUUUGCAAUAUCAUUUAUAUGCUCCAGAUCCACCACCUCAAUUGAAACUUCCUCUGAAACCAAAUGAAAGGACCCCGGAAUCAUUAUUCAUCUCAAAUAAUUUAAGAGAACAAUUAGUGAAAAGAAAUUUAGCUUCGUUACAAGUUUUCCCAGCUGGUGGUGCAAUCCCUGAUAUAGUCCAAGAUUAUUUCGGUUUAGUACCUUUAGACUUCCAUCAAAAAUCAAACUCUAAAGACUAUAUUGAUUUUUACUCAGGUCAUAAAAAUUCCUUAUUUAAAGUUUUCUCAAAUUUAGAUGGGAAACUUUAUCUCUUACGUAGAAUUCAUGAUGUGACAAUAAAUGAUCCUCAACAAAUUACAAAAUCAUUUUCCAAAUGGAAUGAAUUGGCUUGUAACUCUAUCAUAAAAUUGAAAGAUAUGUUUACUACUUUGAAAUUCGGUGAUUCUUCAUUAUGUCUAGUAUAUGAUUAUUACCCAUUGGCAAUUUCAUUAUAUGAAUAUCAUUUCAUUAAUUUCCCAUUAAUUCCCUUAACACAAGACUAUUUGUGGACAUAUCUAGUACAAUUAACAAAUGCUAUUAAUGUGGCUCAUUCUAAAGGACUAACGUUAGGCAAAGAACUUUUAAAUUGGGAUAAAAUUUUAAUCGUUGGAGACCCAGGAAGAAUUAAAAUCUCAAGUUGUGGAGCAUAUGAUGUUCUGACUCAACGUACUGAUACCAGUACUAUUCCAAACAAUAGCAAUAAUAAUAAUAAUAACAUCAUCAAUAUGGAAGAACAAUUGCAGAUCCAAAAACAGAACGAUUUCUCACAAUUAGGGAUUUUUCUACAAAAGUUAUCAUGUAAGAUCAAUGGCGUAGAUAAUACGUCAAAUGUAGAAAAAAUUGAUGAUUUGAAUGUAGACGAUCAAUUUAAAACAGUUUUAAAAUAUCUUUUGGAUAAAUCGAAUAAGAAUAAAAAUAUCAAAGAAUUGAGUCAAUUAUUUAUUGAUAAAAUAUUAUCUAAUUUAGAGUCAUUUCAAGGUUAUGCUGAAUUUACAGAAGCUACACUUUCCAAAGAAUUAGAAAAUGCAAGAUUGUUCAGAUUAAUUUGUAAAUUGAAUUUUAUCUUUGGAAGAAUUGAAUCAAGAAUCGAUAUCAACUGGUCUGAAUCAGGUGAAAAAUUCCCCAUUAUUUUAUUUUAUGAUUAUGUUUUCCAUCAACUUGAUAGCAAUGGGAAACCAAUUAUGGAUUUAACUCACGUUUUAAGAUGCCUAAAUAAACUAGAUGCUGGGAUACAAGAAAAAAUCGUUCUAGUGACACCAGAUGAAUUAAAUUGCAUUGUCAUUACUUAUAAAGAAUUAAGAGAUUUGAUAGAUUCAACAUUUAGAUCAUUAUCGCAAUGA